AUGGAAGGAGAUUUACGCCCAGACGGAAAUGGAGUCCCACCUCCCGACAUACCACGGCCGGAUCCGAUGCAGAUGCAAGCCCAAAUAGCCACUUUGACCGAGUUGGUACGAGGGCUAGUAACCGUGGUUGAACGAUUAUAUGGAAGGAACUCCAUGCCGCCACUAGAGGAUGCCCCAAUAUCACAGGGACCUGCCAUGAUGGAAAACCCAAAUCACGGUAACCGCCCGCACAUCCAAGAAGGGACCGGGGAAAGCGAGGACCAUCAGGGCCCUCCUAGGCCUCGACCCUCCCAUUCCUCCGGCAGCCGGUUGAGAGCCGCUGGGAUCCGAGCCAUCGAGGAACUGCCCCAAAAUCCCGGAGGAAACCGGCCAGGAGACUCAGGGUCGGUGCAGGCGGGCGGUCAGGCUAGAGGGGGGGCCCUCGCUCAAAAGGCGGGAGCGCCGGGAGCUGCUGGUUCAGUUGUAUCAACAGAAGAGGCGCGGACCCUUAUGGAACGCAUGGCCAACCUGGAAAGAAGACUAACUGGGGACGUCGCAGGGCUGAGAAAGAACAUCGGGCGGGUGGCCGAGGUGGUGAACGUCGACAUUAUGCCCAGUCGUACGCAUGACCAUCCAUUCACCGCGGAGAUGAUGGCACCUCAUCUCCCCUAUAAAUACAGGUCGCCAUCGAUUCCGCCUUACGAUGGACGAGGAGAUCCCGACGACCAUUUAGAAAUGUACACGGGGCACAUGCUCUUGCACGGAUACGCCGAGGAGAUCAUGUACCGAGCCUUUCGGAACCACCUGACAGACUCUGCCCGAAGAUGGUUCCGAACGCUGAAGCCAAACUCUAUCUCCAGCUGGGAUGAACUAAAGGAAGCAUUUUCCCUCCAGUUCAUCGGGGUUAAAAAAUACAUACCCCCGAAGCAGAACCUAACGACGAUAUAUCAAAAGUCAAAUGAAACGUUAAGGGAGUGGCUCGCCAGAUACGGCAAGGCCGUCGCCGCUACAAUGGAUAUCACGGACAGGGAAGCCCUGAUGGGAGCAUUAUCCAGUAUGAAGAAGAUAACUCCCUUCAAAAGGGAACUAAACCGAAAACCCCCUUCCAGCUACAAAGAGUUCCUUACAAGGGCGCAAGGAUACAUCAAUGCUGAAGAAGCGGAUGCCAACGACCCCGAUCAUAGGUCCAAUAAAGGUAAAGGAGCCGAGCAGGGGUCGGCAUCAUCAAAGCAAGACGGGAAGAAGCGUCGAGGAGGAGGAAAUGGAGACAAACAACCGAUCCCGACGCAAGGAGCGCUGGAGGCCAAGAAGCGAAGACAGGAGGAUACCCGCAGGCCUCGACUGUUUCAGAAAUACGACACCUACCAUGAACUGACAGUAGGCGUCGAGGAGAUCUUCAACCAGAUCGACCGAGGAAACUUGCUGCGUCGACCUGGACCAAUGAAGUCGGAUCCUAACCAAAGGAACCAGAAGAAAUUCUGUAGGUUCCAUGGCGAGGUCGGCCACCACACGAAUGAUUGCGCUGACCUCAAAGAUGAAAUCGAAAGAAUAAUCCGCGAGGGAAGGCUGCAGGAAUUCAGGGCCGAACGAAGACCCCGCAACAACGGCCAUGGCAGGCAAAAUGACGGUCGACGCCGAGAGGAGAACCACCGCUCGGAAGAUCGGGAACCAGUCGGCGUCAUACGAACGAUCCUCGGCGGCCCCUACAUAGGAGGAGACACGCGGAGGUCGCAGAAGGACUACGCCCACGAGGCUAAGGGGGUAUACCAGGAAAGGUUCUGGAACGUCUCCGCCGUAAAAAUCCUGAGGCAAAGCCGCACUGACGUGGCCUUCAAUGAGGAUGACGCCAGCGGAGUCCAUUUCCCCCACAACGACGCACUGGUGGUGGAAGCAGUGAUCAGAAACCACACCGUAUGUCGAAUCUUGGUGGACAAUGGAAGUUCGGUGGACCUCCUGUAUUCCGACUGCUUGGAAAAAAUGGGAAUCCACGAGGGGCAGUUGGAAAGAACCACCAGGUCGCUGUACGGGUUCACGGGAGACUCCGUCAUUCCUCAAGGCACUAUCCGACUACCUAUAACAGCCGGAGAAAAACCCCGACAGGCAACAACGAUGGCCAACUUUGUGGUCAUCAAAGGAGGUUCCCAAUACAACGCAGUAAUCGGGAGACCAACCCUCCAGGCAUUAAAAGCAAUAACCUCCGUCUACCACCAAAAGGUCAAAUUCCCCACCCCAAACGGCGUAGGAGAAAUUAAGAGCAACCAGUACGAAGCCAGGGUUGCAUACUCUGAUGCCUUUCGCGGAUAUGACCAGCCGGGAAUACAGGAAACGAGGAUGGUUCAACAAGGUCUCGUUGAGGAUAUAGACCCCCGGGUCCAAGAGGAAAUUACUUAG